GGUUUCACUUGACCCAAGCGGCCAAGAAAAACAUGUCGAAGUUGAGCACACUAUCGAAGUUAAUCCGAAGAAAUGAUGAGGCACGCACGAUUUACAAAAAAUUAUUGGCGUUGCCACUGCUGCCAGCAGAUCUCAUAGUUGAGACAUUUCACAAAUUGAAGACUUUGGCUCUAUCAAAAUUCAAACAAUUCAAAACGUAUUUGGCCUAUUUUGAGCGACAAUGGCUGCAACGGGAAGGGGCCAACAAGAUUUCGGUGUUUCUUCUCAUCACACGAAGUCAAGCUGCCGUGGAGGCAUACAACGGAUAUCUCGGUCGAAAAAUCAUUGCCCACGCUAAUUUUUUUGUGCUUAUCAACGCCUUGCGUGAUGAAGAAUUCCACAAAAGCCGUGAGUUUGGCCUGCUUCUUUCGACCGCUAACCCACCAUUGCAACGACGCCACUAUCGCAUUCGGGAUGAAAAAAUCCGCAAGAUAAGUGAAAUGUUGCAGAAGAAGCAAAUUGAUGUUGAUGGUUUUCUAAAUGGAAUAACCUGCCCUGACAACAACAUUUUUAGCGACGAGCACUUUGAUUUUUUGGACGAUGGUGUUUCUGAUGAUGAGGACGAAACGGAGCCAAUUGCAUCCAAUUCAAUCAGUUCAGGAAGCUCGGCAAUCUCCGGGAAAACUUGUGUGAUUUGCCUCGAGGCAACCAGCGAUGUUCUGCUGUCAUGUGGGCACUACAAGUAUUGUUUGAGAUGCUUCGAGCUUGAGAGAGCUAAUUUCAACGAAAAGUUGGUUGAACAUCAGCUAUGCCGGCGUGACAUUGAACCCACAUUUAAAUGUCCUCUUUGCCAAGCCCAAAUAACGAGCCACAUGCACGUUAAAAAAAUAUUUGUUGAUUGAAUAAUAAUUUUUCAUAAGAAUCAGAUUUGAAAUUUGCUGGUGUUUCUCACCUUGAAAAUUGUGGCUCAACUGAAUACGAAUUUAUUAUAAACCCUGGUUUAUUCCAUCUUCAGACUAUUUUAUUUAAUAAGUACCAAAGAUUUGUUUAGAUUUAGACGUAAAACUUUUCAUUGAUUUAUUUUUUUGUAUGCAAUAAAUCAAAUGAUGACUUUUGCAGUCAUUAUGCCGUCGUUGCAAUGCUAAAUGCUUCUAAUAGCUUUAAUUCUUUACACGUUUACAAAAGGCUAUUUGAACCAUUGGCAGUUUGACGGCCUUUUAGGCAAUUUCUUUAUCUUUUUAUAAACUUUUUUUUAAUUUUUUGCUUGGCGGUGAAUAAAUAAAAAUAAGUUGUAAACAAAAAAGCGGUGAAAAAAUAAAACAAAAACAAACAAA